UCCAAUUCUCAAUAGUUAUUCUGCCGAAAAUGUCUACUAAAUACCUAGUAGCGACUUUGGCUUUACUGCUUCUUCAUAGUUCAUCGGGUCAAGAAUGCAACAAACAAUCGUUCCAACGCCUAUGUGUCACCGACGGCGAUGAUGUAGUACUCGAAAACGAAAGGCUAUCAAUGACUAUUAAAAAAGCAGAGGGUCAGAUCACUGCACUUUAUUAUAAUUCUCGUGUUGAUACUAAUAUAAAAUCAACCAACCUACUGAGAGGCGGUUCUGGCUAUUACAUUGCCGUUAUUAGUGUUGACGGCAAGGGAUUGACAACCGGGCCUGAUGUGGGAGAAAUGAAAAUUACACGAAAUGCUGACUUGAUCGACCUGGCAUUCAUCAACAAGAACACAAGCAACUGGCCAAUUCACUUUGAGUUUCAUCUGGUCCUUGAAAAGAAUUCAUCCUUAUUUUACUACUAUUCCAUUCACAAGUACAAGAGAGAUGGUUACACUGCCGGUCAGCUAAGAUGGGCGAUAAGGGCCAAUGCAGACCCAUUCAAGUACUAUAGCGUAGAAAGAAAAAGGUCAGGACCUAUGCCCACCCAGCAAGCCAUUGACUCGGCGCGGUCUGUACAGGACUGGACCUAUAUGUUUCCAGACGGAUCGGUUUAUUCAAAAUAUCAGCAAAUAUCGGCUAAUGAAGGCAUUAACUCCGUUUUCGGUAUUUAUGGCGAUAGCAUUGGGCUAUCUGUACUACAGACACGCAAAGAGUGGGUCAGUGGCGGACCAUUUAAACAGGUUAGCUAUCAUUGAAUUAGAAAUCAUAAU